AUGGGAAUAUUUAGAUCCGAGGAUAUGCAGCUAUAUUAGCUGAUUAUGCAGAAGGAUGACGCCUGGCAUACCAUCAAUGAGCUAGGCAAGCUGAACUGUCUUCAUUUCAUCGAUCUCAAUGCAGAUAAAAUGCCUCAUGAGCAGCAAUUCGCUAGAGUUAUAAAGGCUAUUGAUGAAACAGAGAGAAGAAUUCAGAUGAUUGAAAGUGAAUGCAUUAGACAUAAUAUAGAGAUGAAAACCCCAGCUGAUACUCAAGAAUUCAAUAAGAUCGUAGAUAAACUAGUCAAUGGGAAGGAUGAGACCUUUUUACUUGAUCAUAUUCAGCAAGACGCUCAAGAUAAGGAGAAAUUCGUUUUGAAUUAAGUUCAUCAAAUCAAGGAAUUGCAUAAGAGCUUUAACACACAGAUCAUUUCAGACGGAGAUGAUGAAGAGGAGGAGAGCUCACUUUUAGGAAAGCAAUUAAAGAAAUAAGGUGCUUCUAAAUAUAGUUUAUUCGCACCACUAGUUGGAACAAUAUCUGCAGCUGAACAACAAAGAAUGAAGAGGCUUGUUUUCAGAGUAUCCAGAGGAAAAGCUUACACUUAAUUCUUUGAUCUAAAGGAGAAGGUAUAUGAUUAUUAUGGAAACACUCUAGAUAUCACUAUCUAUUUUGUCAUAUUCCCUCUAGGAUCAUAAUACUUAAGAGAAAGAAUGUAAAGAGUUUGUGAUUCCUUUUAAGGAGACAGAUUUGAGAUACCAAAAUCAAGAGAUGAAAUUAUAGAUAGACUAAGUAGAUCUAAGUCAGUUCUAGACAAUUUAUACAACACAUUAGAAUUCACCUUAGACAACUUCAAGAAGUAUUUGAUAUCCAUUCAGCAAGUCAACAAUUUCUUCGGACUUUCGGUUCUUAAGGCUUAUCAAAUGUAUCUAAAGAAAUCUAAAAGCACCUAGCUAUGCUUGAAUAAACUAAAAUAAGAUCGAAGUCUGUUGAUUGGUUUAAUAUGGGUACCACUUAAAUUCACUCAGAGUGUUUUAGAUGAAAUUCAAAAUUUUCCUGAUAGAAUCGUUCAAAUAAGACCAGUCACAGAUCAUAAGUUGACUCCACCAACAUACUUUUAACUCAAUGAAUUCUAGUAUGCAUUUCACGAGAUAGUAGUUACUUACGGAACUCCAAAUUACAAAGAAGUAAAUCCUACCACCUUCAAUAUGGUUACCUUCCCAUUCCUUUUCGGAAUAAUGUUUGGUGAUAUUGGCCAUGGUUUCUUACUGUUCCUAUUUGGAGCAUAUCUCUGCUUGAGACAUGACUCAAUCCUAUAAAACAGCAAAUCUAUGGCAGGUCUUCUUAAGGCAAGGUAUCUAUUUUUAACUAUGGGUUUCUUUGCAACUUAUUGUGGUUUUAUCUAUAAUGAUAUGAUGGCUAUGCCCUUGAAUCUGUUUGGUUCAUGCUAUGAAAAUGUUUAAGGAUCAACUAAAGAAGUAUAGCAAAAGAAAGAUUGCGUUUAUCCUUUUGGCUUUGAUCCUAAAUGGUAUGUUAGUCCAAAUGAACUCUCAUUUUUCAACUCAUUCAAGAUGAAAAUGGCAGUUAUACUGGGUGUUCUAUAGAUGUCACUUGGUAUCUGCAUGAAGGGACUCAAUGCUAUAUAUCAUAAAUCUGCCAUAGAUUUCCUCUUUGAAUUUGUGCCUUAGAUUAUUUUCUUACUUUGCUUGUUCGGCUUCAUGGAUUUACUUAUCAUUCUAAAGUGGCUAACUGACUGGGAAGGGAGAGAGUAUUAAGCUCCAUCUGUUAUCACUUAAAUGAUCAAUGUAGCUCUUAAAGGUGGAGAAAUCAAUGGUAGUGCUUUAAUUGUUAGCAACACAUUCUAAAUGCUCCUCUCAAAUAUCUUGAUACUAACUUGCCUUGGAUGUGUACCUCUAAUGUUAUUUGUCAAACCACUUCACUUGCACAGACAGCAUAUUAAUUAGCAUAAGGCUCUCCAUUCAAGAUCAGCAGAAUAACUGAGAGAAGAACACGAAGAAUUCGAUCAUAUUGAUCCAGAUGAACAAUCUAAGCUGAUUCAACAAAAGGGGAUUGAGAUCGAAUGGUACAAAAGCAUAUUAAACUCUUCAGAUCAUAAAUCUCAUGCAUUCUCUGAACUCUUCAUUCAUUAGCUGAUUGAGACUAUCGAAUUUGUCUUAGGAACAGUCUCUAACACGGCAUCUUAUCUCAGACUUUGGGCACUAUCACUAGCUCAUGGAUAAUUAGCCAAAGUCUUUUUCGAAAAAACAAUUGGAAUGGCCCUUGAGGAGAACUCUGUUGUUUUGGUAUGUUUCAUUUUCUAGUCUUAUUAUAUUUAGAUGACUCUAUCAUUCUUUGUCUUUGCAUUGGUUACUUUCUUCGUUUUAAUGUUCAUGGAUGUAAUGGAAUGUUUCUUACACGACCUAAGAUUGCAUUGGGUAGAGUUCCAAAACAAAUUCUACAAAGGUUAAGGGUAUAAAUUUAUGCCGCUCUCUCAUUAAAAGGUACUCUUCUCUGAUGAUUGA